AUGGCGAAUUACCAACAACCCUCGCGAUUAUUAAGUCCUCUUCCACAAGAUCAUUUACAAGCUUUGCCUCCGGUAGCAAUCCCUUAUUUGAUUCCCCAACAAAUUCUUACUCCAGUAUCAACUCCUUCAACUUCCCAAGUUCUUGUACCAGCAACAAAUUCUCCUUUAUUUUCUCAGCACGUUAUUGCUCCUGCAGCGAUUUUUCCUUUAACUGCUCAGCAAAUUCCUGCUCCAUUAGUGACGCCUUCGACUACUCAGGAAUUUCUUGUUCCGGAAGAUGUUCUUUUCUUAACUUCCCAACGUGUCCUCGAUCCAAUAGAAACUCCACUUUCGAUUAAUCAACAAGUUCAUACUUCAGCAGAACCAGCAGAAACUCUUCCUUUAAGUACCCAACGUGUUAUUACUCCGGCAGCGAUUCCUCCUUUAACUUCCGGUCAAGUUUCUGCAUCAUCAACAACUUCAACUUCCCAACAAGUUAUUGAUCCAUCAGCGACUCUUCCUUUGACCUCCCAACAAGUUCUCGCAGCGGCAGAUUUAACUCUUCCGCCAGUCCCUGCUCAAGAAACACCAGCAACAAUACCUACUUUAUCUUAUCAACAAUCUCUUUCCACAACAACGACCUCUUUUUUAAUUUUCCGACAAAAUCAACUCGAUUUGAUUCAAGGAAAUACAUUUCCACUCAGUUCCACUCAAACAUUGAAGCCACUGGAUUUUAAGGAGAUGCUGUUUAAAGGGGAUAAUAAUUUGUAUAGAAAUGAGUAA